UAGGUCGGAUGGGUCCAUCAUCCAACCGUUAAAUGUCGAACGACGCUGCAUGGUCGAGCAGGAUGGGCGGGGAGCGCGCGGGAGGAAAUGGCGGCGCCGUGGGCCACCGGCCGCCGCGGCGACGCUGGUGGAACCGCGAGAUCCUUGUUAUGUUAGAAGGUAAGCGAGCGGUAGAGGCGCGGGACAGGGAUCCCUUUGUCGCCGUGCCGGCGGAGACGAAAUGGGAGGCUGUGUCAUCCUACUGCCGCCAAAAGGAGGUGUACCGGAGCUCAGAACAGUGUCGUAGGCGGUGGGGUACACUGAUGAACGGUUACAGAAAGAUACGGGCGUGGGAGACGAGGGACGGUGCGGCCGCUGGCAAUUCCUACUGGACGAUGGGAAGCCAAGAAAGGAAGGACCGGCGGCUGCCAGGGAUAUUCGAGGGCAUGUUGUAUCGCAUUCUUGAGGCAGACGUGGAGUCUGACGGCAGGGUCGGUGAUGUUGGAGAGAGGAUGCAAGAAGACGAAGAGGAAGAUAACGAGGAUGGGGCGGAGGCGUCCUUCUCUAGCAAUCAAGAUGCAACAGAGAGUGGAUCUUUCUCCUAUGCCGAUCAGGUGAAUGUGAUAAAGGACCUGCCGUCGCCAAUUGCUGCCACGCCAAUAUCAAUGAGAAAAUUUGAGCCAUCUCAACAGGAGUUCGCUGAUCCUGCCAUAUUUGGGUUGUACCUUUGGAAUCUAGGGCGCUGCUGCGCUGCUCUGCAUACAAGGAAUUACAAAGGAUGAGCAGCCAACUAAUGAUUCUGAAAAUAAAUCACCACAGCAAGGAAGAAAGCGUCAUCGAACUUCACAAGAUGAAGUAAUAAACAACAAUCCUUACAGGAAACUAAUUGAAGUCUUAGAGAGGAACAACACGGUGAUUAUGGCACAACUUGAAGCUCAAAAGCUUAACAUUCAGCUGGACAGAGAUCAAAGGAGGGAACAAGCUGACAGACUACUCACCAUCCUUGACAAAGUUGCUGAUGUUCUCGGAAAAUUUGCAGAUAAGCUGUAAAUAACUGAUACAAGGAUGUGGGAAGGAUUCAAUGGUUGGCAAAGCUAAAGAAUCACAUAAUCCCUAGUUUUACUGCAUUGUUAAGGAGCAAUACAUUUUCUCAGAGAACCUUUUGUUUUACUCAAUCAUGGUUAACACGAAAUAACAUUCUUUUGUUAGUAUUAAUUCUCUGAGCUGACAAAGAUAGGCUGAUGAAGUAAAUCAACAAUGGCUUCCUGUGUCAACAUAUUUG